AUGGCUAGACGUAAAAAUAUUCCAGCAUUGCCUUCAACAUUACUGGCACUUGGAGAAAUAUUAGAUGCUCAGCACAAUUUAGUUCAAUGUAAUGACCAUCAAUUUUACCAGGGGUGCAUAGUCGAUGACUUUGGAAAGUGCCAUGUCAUGUUUGCUUGUCCAGAAGUUGUUAACAAAGUUGUAUUAAAUGGGAGUACAGAGUUGCAUGCUGACGCGACCUUUAAGGUUGUCCCAUCUAUGCCAAAGUGCCGACAGUUAUUUAUAAUACAUAUGAUUUUACAAAAUCACUAA